CGAGGCCCAAUCAGCGGUUUAGUGCUGCCUGCCGGUGCCGGGGACUGGUGGUGAGGAGACGCUACAGCGCUGUCAGGACCGGACCGUGAACCCGGAGACGGUACACACUGAGGCGAAAGGAGACACAGGAUGGAGCGGAUGUCUGAGGAGGCGCUGCGGCUCAACCUGCUGAAGCGAGGCCUGGAGUCCCCCAGCGAGCGAGAGGAGGCGCUGGCUAAGCGCCUCAAAAUGGAGGGUCACGAGGCCAUGGAGCGCCUCAAGAUGCUGGCACUGCUAAAACGCAAGGACCUAGCUGACCUAGCAGCCCUGGAGGUCGCAGGGCCCCUGGGAGAUGGGAAGGGCCCUGGAGCCAGCUCCCUCCACCACCAGAGCCUAAUGGGUGCUGCUUAUGAAGAGAAACUCAAUGGGAGUCUAAGGCUGGGAGGCCAUGGAGGCCAUGGAGGCCAUGGUGGCCAUGGUGGCCAUGGAGGCCAUGGAGGCCAUGGUGGCCAUGGUGGCCAUGGAGGCCAUGGUGGCCAUGGAGGUCAUGGUGGCCUUGGCAGCCAUGUUGGACCCAGUAAGAAUGGGAAGGAGAACAUCCUUGAUGAGCCAGUGGAUAUGAGUGCUGGGAGAAGAUGUGAUGUGGAGCAUGACAGACGAACUCCAUCUCCAGAUGUUAUUAUCCUAUCAGACAAUGAAGCGUCCAGUCCCAGAACAACACCUCGUCCUGAGGAGCGCCUACACCAGGCCAACCUGGACAUGUUUAAGGGGAAGACCGGAGAGGAGAGGCAGCAGAUGAUCAAAGCUCUGAGAGAGGAGCUGCGUCUGGAGGAGGCUCGGCUGGUGCUGCUGAAGAAGCUCAGACAGAGUCAGAUGCAGAAGGAGAACGUGGUGCAGAAGGUCCCGGUGGUCCAGAACGCUGCGUCCUCUGUUCAGCCUCCUGCCAUCCACAGCUCUCCUGGCAUGGGGAAGCUGCCCAUGAGGCCGGGCCUGCACAACCCUGAGCCCCAGAACCUCCGUACUGCACAGGGUCAUACUGUCAUCAGGUCAGCAGCCAAUGCCAACCUGCCACCAAUGCUAAUGUCCCAGCGAGUGAUAGCCCCCAACCCGUCCCAACUGCAAGGCCAGAGGAUCCCCUCCAAGCCUGGGAUGUCACGUUCCAUCUCUGGCAGCAUGGCCAAUGCUGUCAGCUACCAGCAGGCAAGCCAGCAAGUGGCAGCUUCUCAGCGCUCAGGCUCCAGUGCCAUGUACAUGAACCUGGCCCACAUGCAAGCAGCAGCAGCGGCCGGCGGGGUGGCGGGUGGCCUGGGCGGAGCUUCGGCUGUUAGCCCAUCAACCAUGUCCGGUUCAGCCAGCGGAGGGGUGAGCUCCAUGGCCGACCAGGCCAGCAGCCAGGCAGCAGCCAAACUGGCCCUCAGGAAGCAGCUGGAGAAAACCCUGUUGGAGAUCCCACCACCCAAACCCCCUGCCCCACUUCUCCACUUCCUACCCUCUGCCGCCAACAGCGAGUUCAUCUACAUGGUGGGCCUGGAGGAGGUGGUGCAGAGUGUGCUUGACAGUCAGGGUAAACUCAGAGGGACACUGGCCCGCAUGGAGCCCUUCUUCUGUGCUCAGUGCAGAACUGACUUCACCCCUCACUGGAAGCAAGAGAAGAGUGGGCGAAUCCUCUGUGAGCAGUGCAUGACGUCCAAUCAGAAGAAAGCUCUGAAGGCGGAGCACACCAACAGGCUGAAGAACGCGUUCGUGAAGGCCCUGCAGCAGGAGCAGGAGAUUGAACAGAGGCUGCAACAGCAGGCAGCCCUCUCUCCCAGCUCAGUUCCUACAGGCCCCAACGCCUCUAAGACUGACACCAUGAUCCGACAUCAUGCCCUUCGCCAGGUACACAUGUUUCCUGCCCAAGCUCCCCAGCCUCAGGCCUCAAUGCAGAGAGGUCUGUCCAACUCGGCGCGAGGUGUUCUAUCAAACUUCGCUCAGGCCUCCCAGCUGUCAGUGGCCAGCAGCCUCAUGGGAAUGACUAGUGCCAAGCACUGUGGAAGCGGUGGAAGCAGCAGCAGUAGCAGCAAUAGACUGCAGCAUGACAGCCGUCGCCAGAUCUACAACAUCCCAGGGUUAAAUAUUGCCUAUCUGAACCCAGCGGCAGUUGGAGCGCAUAAGAGCUCCAGCUUAGCAGACCGGCAGAGAGAGUACCUGUUGGACAUGAUCCCACCUCGAUCCAUAUCGCAGUCCAUCACCGGACAGAAAUGAGCCCAGACCAGCCCUCCUGCCCCUCUGAUGUCACACCCAUCCUGCCCCUCUACCCCCAUACUGAAGCACUCCCAGAUCAACCAACAUCCCCCAACCCCACCGCAUGCAGUGCCUGUCCGUGUGCCUACCUUAAACCAACCCAUGAAAACCCACCAAGUCGGACAAAGACACUAAACUGUCAGUGCAUCUCCAAUGUUCUUAUGAUAGUAAAAAUCUUCUUCGUCAGCGUUGUUUAACAAUUAUAAUUCCCAUUAUUAUCGCUGUUGGUAGCACUAUUAUUAUUAUUAUUAUUAUACCUGCAACUACCGUUUUUGCUUCAGUUACUAUUACUCAUUAUGCUUUUUUCUUUCCAAGUGUUUGGUCCAUUUUUUGUUUCUCUGCUGUCUCUUCUUCACUUUGGGGAGUGACGGUGAACCAUUGUAGGGUCGCUUUAGGCCACAGUCACUUAGGAUUUCUUUUCUCCUUUUAAUUAUAAUGCUUAGAUGUGACUAUUGCUAGUAACAGAAGAUCAACAGGGUGCAUUCUGGUUGCUAUGCAACAUAAAGUUUAACAACUUAAGCUCGCUAAGUUGAAAAUACUGAUAGGAACAAAAACAGACAAAAUUAAGUUAGUGACUGCUCUUGAAAGGGCCUGUUCUAGAAAUGAAAAAUGUGAGGGGGGCUGAAAAGUCAAAUCAGAGCAUCUACACUUGUAUCAUCACGUUAAAAGGGUCUGAUUCAAAGGUUGUCACACAGUUCAAGUCCAACCUGGCGUUCAGGGCAGCAUCAGAGGUGCACAUAUGUACAAAAGAGAAUCUUAUGUGAAAAGCAUUUGGAGAAGAUUUUCCUUUGGUAUUCGGCUCCCACAUUCCUCAUCAAGAGAUCUUCAUCUGUUUCUUCACUUCAGAUGUCAGCUUCUUGUUACAAAUUUGAACAGUUACCAGAUGGAUGUAACCAGGAUUUCCUGCAGUUGUAUUUAUCAGGACUGCCAGACACCAUCAGCGGACCAGCAGUCCAUAUAGACUCUAAUGAGGAGGGAGCUGACAGGGGACGGGAGGAUGUUGUCUACAAGUUAAGCCAAUAUUCACUUCACAGGGGGCAAUGGUCUGUCAGAGAGGAGCAAGUUGACUGUCCCUCCUGGUUCCAUCCCAUCUCACUACCUCCCACUGACCUCUACCAUGCCCCCCUCACAACCAUUGUUCAUCCUGUGCACAGACUGAAGCUUUUGUACCCAGCAACUCCUCUUUGCAUCACAUGUUCUUUGAGAAAGUGAAACAAACUCAAAUCUGAAGGUGGAAUUACAAUUUGUGUGUCCAAUCCUCAGAUUCUGUACCUAGAAACCUACAAUCUGGGUUCCUUUGCUUCUUCUAUUUGGGUUUUUAGAUUUUCUGAUUGUUGCCCCCACCCCCAAACUUUCUGUGCUUUAUUUUGAUUAGUUUAUCUGGAUUUUUGUUUGUUUCUUUUUUUUCGGCGUCUCUUAAUGAAUUGGUGGCGAACCUGAGAGGUAUUAGCCCCUGGAGACGAUAAUAAUCAACAUAGCUAAAAACAGAAACUAUUGAAAUAUCUGUAUGGAUUAUGUAUAGAUACCUAGCUUCAGAUUAAAAAAAAAAAAAGGUUGAGGAUUAUAUCUUUUAUGGGAGAGACAUGGAUCAAUCAUUGUGUGCAUGCUCUGCACACAAGUUCCCUCACUCCAGAGGAGCACUUUGCUUAUUUCCAAUUGGAAAAACUUUUUUUAAAGAAAAAAGGAACAGAAUGUCACAGUUGAGAGUGGCUAAGUUCUGGAAGCUGGCUGAUGGCCGACCAGAGUAAGGGGGCAUGUCACCAAGUAGCGUUUUAAUGGCUGAUGAAAAGUUCAAUUCUAAUUUACAAUGCUAAAUGUUUCAGUUUCCACUUUCACGGUGUGCUCGGUUAGAGCCAGACUGUGUACGCUGUACAUAUAAGCUGCUGCUGGCUGGAGUACAUCAGAGUACAUGAGUACCUGAGUACAUAUACCAGCAUCAGUCCCACUGACUCACUGUCUGAUAAACCCAGCAGUAACUGAAACUUUAAAGCAAUCCCACCUCUUAAUUCUUCAGUUUGAACUACAUGACUUUGGACCAAAUCCUCAACUGAUGGGGGAUCUGCUUCGAUCCAGUUUGAUAUUGCAACACUGACUCACAGACCGAAACCAGGUCCUGAAUCAAGAUACAGGACUCAGAACCUUGACAGAUUUGCCGUGUGAAACCCAGAACUCAUGGGAGAGCGAUGAGACAUUCACAUAAAAGUUAGGAUGAGAAAAUGUCUCUCCUGUGGGGAGUUCAAACUUUACACGUGUGAGGUUAGAAUGGCUCAAUAAAUCCCACUCCCUACUUUUUCCUAUACUCAAUGUGACUACAGUGGAACCUGUUGUUUGCUCCAGGCUUUUUAGUGUCCCCAGCACUCUGAAUGUUACCAAUGAUACGGUUAAAUGAUGCUCUUAAUGCAAGCCAAAUGUAAAAAACACAUUUGUACCCGUUUUUCAGCAGCUGUUGCAUGUUCAAAGGUCUUUUUUAGAGUUCAUCUGUUUGCUCUUGUUUUCCAGCUGUUUGACCAGAUCAUGGAUCAACAGAGUGCUGAGCUCACAAAUGGAGCCAUAAUUGCCCAAACAUAUUUAGCACAGACAUUCACUCAGUGACUUACCGACACACACUGCUGCAGGAACACAAACCAGUAUCAUCUUUACAUCUGGUGAUUAAGACUAGUGUGGAUUUUUCUUCUCAGAUGUUGGCCACUCAAGUGAUGCCUAUGACAUGCAGGCUCUUAGCUUUUCACUGCUACAGAGAAUCCUACAAUGAUAUUUGUCUUGCUUUGCACAUUUAAUUCACUGAACUGUUGAAUCUGUUCAGUUGUGUAAAUAUUUCAUUUGGAGGCAACAAUGUCCCAUGAGUUUCCUCAGUCAUGGACUGUGUCACUUAGUGAGCCUUGAGACCCAGACAGUUCAGACCCGUGGAGUUCACACAGUAAUACAUCUUGAUCUUCUUUUGAGGGUUCUGCUGCACUAGCUUAACAAAAGCAUAUGUCCCAGUCAAGUCUACAUUUGCAGUUCCUGGUAGUGGCUGUCAGUCUCCAUAUUGGCUGAACUCUGAUGUAAAAAGAAACAACCCAUCACUGGUUACCUCAGACGUCUGUACUACGGAGCAGGAUUCGUGGUUAGCAAGAUUGCUUCAGGUUUAAGCCUUGUUUUUCAACAAUACAAAGCUGGAUCAUUAUUUCUGACAUAUAUCAGCAUUGUAACUUAUACACCGUACUUACUCUGAAGAUAAGGCAGCAUCUUCUGACCAAUCAUUUCUCUUGAUGCAAUGGAACUUUGUUGGCUUAUAGUAAAGGGGUCUCUAAGUGGGGCAGCGUGUUCAGACACGAAUAAACCUCUGAAUUUACCUGAAUAUUAUUUUGAUGAGAAAUCCUCAUUAUUACAGAGGACCAGCACUUCCGCAGGAGUGUUCUCCUGUGUACAAGGGCCCUCUCCUGUCUUUUUCAUAAAUGUUUUUCCUCUUGGCUGAAGCAAUGUCAAAGACAUUUCACUGUGCUUUUGUGCACUGACAUCAUCCUACAUCAGAGACUGACUGAAGCACUAAAACUUGUACCAAUAAGAUUUGAAAGUAAGCCCACUUACCACUUAAAUUUAUGUUCUCAUAUUUAUUUUCACCUGACACCUCUGGGGUAGCAGUUAAGAGAAUAAGGCUAAAAAAUACAAGCAUGAAAAUGAUAUCCAGAUCUACUUGUGCUGUAAUGACUGAACAUUGAUGUUAUCAGCACAUUAAAUUACACAUUCACACAGUUGGUGAUAUUGUGUCUGCUGUCCUUCCUGCAUUUGGCAGCUGGAGCUGUUUCUUUUAAUCCUGGAUAAUGUGUUAAACUAAUUAAUAUUUGUCUAAUAUUGUUCCUUCCUCUGUGUUUGCCGCUCUGCUGCCAAUAGACUUGUCAUUGGUCAUGUCCUGCAAACACUGCCCCUUAUAUGUGAAGGUGCUCAGGAAACCCUGGGUUGACUUACCGAGUUGAUAACCACCGUCAUGUGACUGCUGAGUGAGAAAGAAAUUUUUGAGCUUCGUGGAGCCAGAUAACAAAGAUAUCCUGGGUAUGUUGAGCCUGCUUUGUAGUACAAGGCCCUGAAGUGCUGAUCUCUUAAGUUUGCAGUAGCAAAUCAAUCAUUCCAAGCAGUGUUUCAGUCAGUGUGCAAUGUUACUCAUUGACAUGGUGACUCCUUACAGGAGAGCUGAGGGGCUAUGAAGUUAGUUUGGGGUUAGAGGCAGGAGAACCAGCCAGUUGACAGCGUUGAGUGGGCUAUCAAACAGAAGGUGAAGAAAAGGUCUCACACUUUCACCCUUUAUCCACUAAAUCUUUUUAGUGACUUAUUUUAGCAUGACAUCCAGUCAAUGUCAGACUUCAUUUAGGCUGGUGCACAUAUACUGAUGAAACAUACACAGAUCCAUCAUUGACCUGAGACUGCCACUGUUACAGAGUAGUACAGGUGGGCUAAUGCGGUUUUCUGGUAGCCAUGUUGAAUUCCAGCUCAGGUUUCUGUGCAGUCGACUUUAGUACUUGGACAAUAUCUGCUUGUUGGCUUUCUAAUCAUACGACUGGCUACAUUACAGUCACUUCAUUUUGAACUCAUACUCACAUUUUAUCAGACACCAGAAUUGGAUUCUGUUCACUUCUUCGGUUGUUGAGCAAAUACUGUACCUACAAAACAAAUGAUAUUCAACUUAAACUGGCUCUUUCUCAAAGCAAGUAAACAUUUUAGCUUCAAACAAAAAAUAAAAUGGAAAGGGAAAGUAAUGCACUUCAUAUGGAGGAGUGUGUGUGUAUAUGUGCAUGUCUUUCUAUGGUUGUGAGGACCAAAAGCAGCAAUGUGAGGGCAUUUUGACUUGUGAGGACCGAGCGUUAGGAGGGUUUAAAGGUUCUGAUUAGAAUCAUGUUUAGGUUAGGGUAAUGGUUGGAAUUAGGCUUUUAGUUGUGAUGGGUAAGGUUAGGGUAAGGUACAAAGGAAUGUCUUAAGUCAAUUAGUGCCCUCACAACCAUAAAAAGACAAAUGUGCGUGCAUGUGUAUGUGUGUAUCCUGGCAAGUCUUGUGUAUGUACAGUAGUAGAAGCUAGCAGCAGUAGUGUUCAUAUCAUUGUUGAAUUAGCCCAGCAGCUAGUUAGCUAAAGUAGCUAACACAGGCCACCUCUGUAUUCACUCCUGUUCCACUUAUUGCUCUGUGUCGCCUUUCAUUGACGGCUCCUAUCUUCAGCUAAAAUAUGAUACUGAAGUUAGUAUCAGGUCUUCAGAUAGUGAGCAAAAUCAUGACAUUAACCUUGUUGCAGGGAAGCUGUCAUUUUAACAGAAAAAUCGGAUGAAGUGUGCAGUUGUUUUUGUAGCUGGUGCUGCAGCAGAGUAUUUGAUAGUUUGAGCCUUCAUGGGGAAAAACGCAUCAUAUGGUCAAAGGUCAGGGAGGCACAGGUUCCGAGACCAUUUUGGACAAACCCAAGACCGUACCACAGUAUGUCAUUACCUUGUGUCCAAGCCAGUCUCUUCAGGCGUAUCUGACUGUGUCCAGGAAAGUCAUUGAAGGAGGUUGUCGGUUGAACUGUAAGUUGGUUGGUUAGUUUGCUGUGAACUCUUCCAGCCAGACUGUUAGGUGUGUUCUGGUUGAUCGUGUUCUCCUGCCCAGUGAAAAGAAGACUUUGGCCACGACUAUGAAACUACCUAGGGCUAGAUUCACAGAUGCAAACUGAAGUUCAUUUUUGUUCAUCAUAUAAAAAACAGGAAUCAGUUUUCCCUCUGGUGGAAGAGUUGAAAUUGGAUGUAGAGAUAUAUUUUCAUGAAUUUUUAACAUCUGGGACAAAUUUUUACUUUAUGUUUUUGACAUGCAUCUCCUUUAGCUGCCAAGCUGAAGCCGAAGAUAAAAAAAAAAAAAGCUCCUGUCUCUCUCUUGCUCUUUUGCAGAUGCAUCCUCACACCUUUGUAUUUGAACUGCAGAUUCUUUUCAAACGUCAAUUUUUAGAUUUCAAAAGUCAUUCUUUUCUGGCGUCUCAAAUAAGUUCUCUUUUCUUUAUAUUGCCGUUUUAAAAAAAAAAAAUAAACAAAUGUAUUGACUAUGAAAUAAAUGACACGAUAUUUGCUAGGUUUGAAGUAAUAAUGACUUAUUGUACAUAAGCAUUUUUUUCCUCCCUUGUACUGAAAAAAGAAAUUAAAUGGUUGUAUAUUGUGUAGAAAAGCAAACAAAAAGCCAUGAAUAUUGUGAAGCUUGUCAUUUCGUUUUGUGAUCACUGUGUAUUAUUGUGUAACUAAUGUGCAAAAUGUUUGGGAUACUUUUUUUCCCCUCCCCUGCUUGUUGAAACGAUCUCCCUGGAUGCAUUGCUUCGGUUUUGGACUAGUUAGAGUUUGCAGGAAAGUGCUCAUUGGUUCAGACAAAAAGGGUCUGCCAUCACACUACACACCUCAACAUUACUUUGUUUAUUUUAGAAUGGUUUCCUGAACCUGCUCUAGAUAAAAGCACUUUGAUGCUUCACUGUGUGUGUUGAAUUCAAUGGACCCCCCCUUAUGUAAUUGUUUGAUCCAGGAUCGGGCUGUUGCAUCACUUUUCUGAUACCGGCCUCUCACUAAAAGAAGCAGACUGGUGUUUUUUACUAUAUGACAUAACAGCUGACCACUUUGGCUUUGGCUUCCUUUGAACCACAGAGACAUUUCUAACAGCUGAACUGGACAGUGGAGGCUGAAUCAUUUGUGCUGCUCACUGUAAUGAAAUAUGACAUUUAGAAAGUCACAGUUAGGUGUCCAGUGUCCUGCUGCUCUGAAGAAUCCAUAGAACACACUGGGCACAGUUGUCAUGACGAUGAUGUCAUUGGCAGAUAGGAAUAUCAUUGGUUCACAGUGACUCAGGUCAACAAUGACAUUGAUCCCUGUAAUCCUUCAGUGCUAUGAUCUCAGAACUUGGACAAAUGAAAGUAGAAAACAUCAUCUGUAUGCUCAUACAUGUAAAUUGCCUUGUGAUUGUGAUAAACCAAUUAUUGAAUUCCAAAGUCCUGAUGAAAUGACUGGAGCAUACAAAAUAUCAAUGACUUCCUGAAUGGUCCUGGUGAUAAAUGUUCAGUAAAUUGGCUUUUGAGAGGAUACCAGCUUUUCACCAUAGUUUUCAUGUUGUCCUCACUAAGAAGAAGGCAUUUCUGGAGGUAAUACAAAGAAGCGUAACUUUUAUACAGAACUUUGCCACUAAAUGUUUCAGGUAUGUGUCCAUGCAAAGCUCUGACAUCAAACCUGGACUGACUUUAUAAGAUCAGCUACUGCUCGAGCUGAGAAGAACAGACCCUGAAUCAGUGAUCACUUUUCCUGCCAACACCAGCAUACAACAUGUAUGGUCCUCUACUGUUUGGCUUUAUAUUCUAUACGUUGUUAUAGCUAAUGCAGGGGAACAUUUAAUUGCAAAAUCAGUUUUAUCAAUUUUUGGAUUUACCAGUAGAAGCGUUUCUUUUUGUCUAAUGAUGACAGUGUUGAAAUAAACAUCUGGGAAGUAGAAACAGAAGAUGAAAUUGACCAGAUAUUAAUUGAAGUCCUUUUUCGUUUUGCUUACAUCAAUCCUGACCUUUUGCACAUACUUGAUAUUUAACGGUCUUCAAAAGAGUAAAAGAAAAUAAUGCUGUUUGAAUACUGCCAGUUGAUUGACAAUUAUGCAUUGAUUGAAAAAAUAAGCUAAUUUUGGAGGAAAUAACUUUGUAAUAUUUAUCUCUUGCAAGCUAUGUUUAAUAAAGGUUGAAACAUUU